AUGAGACUUGCAUCAAGGUUGUUGGGCCAGCGCAUUAAACUGACAACUAUCCAACCAUCGCCUUCAUAUCAUCGCUUUAUUUCAUUGCAAUCAUUUCAAGAUUUCGGUCUUGAUGCACGUCUUGUUUCCGGUUUGAAGGAGAUGAAAAUCACCAGAGCUACUGGUAUUCAACAGAAAUGUAUGCCAGCGAUUCUAGCGCGUCAUAACGUGCUCUGUGCAGCACAAACGGGUACUGGGAAAACAUUGGCUUACUUGGUUCCCAUUAUCGAGCAGUUGCUGCGCAAAGAAGCAGUGAAGCAAAAGCAGCACGAGAUCAAACAAGGUCCAAACACUGACAUUAUUCGAGGACGACCUCGUGUUUUGGUGUUGCUACCCAGUCGAGAAUUGGCGCUCCAAGUAGCUUCAGUAGCGAAGCAGUUGUCCCAUUCAGCCAAGUUUGCGUCCUGUACUGUCACGAGUGGAGAACGUAAAAGUAUCCAGCAGAAAAAUACGUCUCGGAGACUUGAUCUCAUCAUUGGUACUCCUGGACGAGUGGCCAAGUGUAUCAAGAUGCGAGAUUUCUUUGUCUCACGAAUCGAUACAGUAGUGGUUGAUGAAGCUGAUACGCUAUUUGAUGCCAAGAUGGGAUUCCGCAAAGAGUUGGAGGAGAUUCUCGGACCGAUUCAAGCCAGUGCUGCCAAGCGCAACCAACCACUGCAGAUGAUUUUAGCGGCCGCGACCGUCCGUUCGCCGAUUGAUCAAGUGCUUAAGAAGAAAUUUGGUGACCUGCGUGUUGUAAGUGACGACAAGAUCCACAAGACCCCAAGUACCAUUAAGGAAGAGUUUGUCCGUGUUGUUCCCGAGUCCAAGCACUCGGCGUUGCGUGACGUAUUGCGUCUGCACAAGCAUCAGACAGCAAAAACGGUGAUUUUCUGUCGCAACUCAGCAAGCGUCCGCUCUACAGAGCAUAUGCUACGUGAGCAUGGUAUCCAAGAUACGGCAUGUCUGCACGGUGACAUGCCGUCGGCAAGACGCCAUGAUGCUAUCCAUGCAUUCAUUGAGAAUGCGAAUGUAAACAUCUUGGUGUGCACGGAUCUGGCAGCUCGUGGUCUUGAUUUCGACUCGGUAAAGCACGUCGUAAUAUUUGACUUUCCGAAGACUGCUGUCGACUACGUGCAUCGCGCUGGACGAACGGGUAGAGCUGGCGAGCAGGGACUGGUGACAAGUCUUGUGACGAAACACGACCUUGCGCUAGCUACGAGCAUCGAAAACUCGAAGCGGAACAAUAGCACGAUCAAAGAACUGCGUCAAGAUAUGCCUGUAACCUCACCGGUGACUGUAUCCCAACAGACGGUGUCACUAGGCAAGCAAACUCGUCGGGGUCCACUCCAGAAGCGAGGUAGCUUUGGCCGUGGCACGAAGAAGAUGCAGAGACACAAGAUUCGGACACUACGUUCAAGCCGGCAAAAGUAA